AUGGGGAUCCCCAAGUUCACGUGUCUAGGGUGGCAUCAAACGGGCGGAUGUAGUCCCGAUGGGCCACGGGAAACACAAAAUGAUGCCAGCUGUAGUACGAAUAUCGAGGCUGGAGCUUCCGGCUAUUGUCUACUCAAGAAUGAGGCAGGUGAGGAGGUUCAAGUCAUGCGUGUCAACUGCUCGUCAUUACGAGACGAAGUCAGAUUCAAUUGCCACCAAGCAGUGGAUUUCGUUCGUGUCGCGCCACAGAUCGACGCGCUGAUUGCUGCUAAGCGACAGGUGAUUAAGCAGAAUGAGGCCGUGCAGCUCCACCCUACGAACGGCGUGUUAAUGGUCAUGUAUCCGAAGCUUCUUGCGAGCGUCUACUCGACUGUGCGAUUACUGCGCUUCUACAACUGCUCGUUGCCUAUAGAGUUGUGGUACCUUGAGAGCGAAAUGGGCACUAAUCCGCUAAACGAGUCGCGUGUUCUGCAAUCGCUUGUGAAUGAGUAUGGACCGAUUUCACUGCAUGGUAUUGUUCCUUGA